UAAAAGCACGCAAAUAUUAUAUUCUCUGCAAAAUCGACCCGACGGACGGACGUACAUUUAUAUAUCAGUUGAUUACAAGAGGUCCACAAUGGAACGCCUUGGGCUGAUGGCAGUGCUGUGCGUCAGCGUGCUAGCGGCGAGCGCGCACUCGGCGGUGCUGCCGACUCUACAAGAGCUGGUGGUCGCUGGUGACCAUCCGAUAGUGCGAAGGAGUGUGGAUUCCGUUACAAAUAUACCGUAUCAGCCCAUCAAAAAGACAGAGAUGCGCGUGCGCUCCGAAGUGGCGCUGCGCUACGCGCGCACGUCAGUGAUCACGCACGUCGCGAACCCCGACUCGCGGCCGCAGGAGGCCACCUUCCGCAUGCUGCUGCCCGACACCGCCUUCAUCAGUGGAUUCACUAUGAUCAUUGGAGGAAAACCAUACAAAGCGUAUGUGAAAAGCAAACUCGAAGCUAAACAAAUUUAUACUCAAGCAGUCUCACAGGGCAGUGCAGCCGCUCACGUUGCUACUAAAGCUCGCAACUCCAACCACUUCACUGUAUCAGUCAACGUGGAAGGCAACACUACCGCCAUCUUUGAUUUGCGUUACGAAGACUUUUUAGUGCGCCGCAACGGACUGUACAGUCACGUCAUCAACCUGCAUCCCGGCGCGCUGGUGCCGGUCAUGGAGGUCGUCGUGCAUAUCAAGGAAUCACAAAAAAUCAUUAAACUGGAAGUUCCUGAGCUGAGGACUGGUAACGAAAUUGAUGCGACGAAAAAUGAUGCACAAAACCCGAUGGCCGUUAUUCGAAGAGGUACAAACUAUCGAGAAGUAACUGUUACUUUUACUCCUGAUUUAAAAGAACAGAGAAGACUUGCUAAAAUAUACAUGGACAAGAGCAGCGGAGACGGUACGGCGCUUGGACAGUUUGUGGUGGAGUACGACGUAGAACGGUCCAACGAUGAUGAAAUAUUGGUAAACGAUGGCUACUUCGUGCAUUUCCUCGCUCCGACCUUACUCCCGCCGUUAAGCAAACACGUGGUGUUUGUACUCGACACGUCGUGGUCUAUGGCGGGCCGCAAAAUAGAUCAACUCCGUAAAGCCAUGGACACCAUACUCUCUGAACUUAAACCGUACGACUACUUCAACAUUGUGGAAUUCAAGACCGAGGUUAUGAUGUAUGAACUGAGGGAUGGUGAUAAUUACAUUCAUUAUUCACAAUACUACAAUGAAUACUCGGUAGUACCACCAGCGAUCGCUUCAUGGACCAAUAUUGCUAAGGCGAAAGCUAUAGUUUCUGGAUUGUAUGAUUCGGGGUUUACAAAUAUUAUGGGUGCUCUGGAUGCAGCAUUGACUCUUGUGAAGAAAGGAGUUCAUCAGAACACAGAUCACAAUGAACACAUAAAAUUGUCAGCGCAGUCAGAACCAAUCAUCAUAUUUUUGACGGACGGCGAACCGGUAGUAGGGGAAACUAAAACUGACGUAAUAAUCGAGCGUGUAACUCAGAGAAAUACUGGCGAUAUGAAAGCAGCCAUAUACUCGCUCGCCUUUGGCGACGGCGCUGACCGCGACUUCUUACGCAAGCUCUCUCUCCGCAACAACGGCUUCAUGCGGCACAUCUACGAAGCGGCGGAUGCAGCGCUGCAGCUGCAGGACUUCUACCGACAGGUGUCGUCGCCACUCCUCGCUAACGUCAAGUUUACAUAUCCCGCUAAUCAGAUAAAAGCAGGGUCAGUAAGUCAGAGUGAGUUCCGCACUAUCAACAAGGGCUCGGAAGUGGUGAUCGUGGGGCAGAUCGCGGAUGACGUCACCGAGAUGACGCCACAGAUCCUCGGAUUUUGUGGUGCUGGACAAGAUCUGGGAUUGAUACGGUAUGUAGUAGAUUCAACUGUAGUAGUGAAUCGUACCAAAGACGAGCACUUGCCGCUAGAGCGCCUGUGGGCCUACCUCACCAUCAAGCAAUUGCUGGACAAACGCGACGCGGGCGAUCACAGCACCGGCGAGAACAGCCCUGAGAAGAAGGCCCUGGACAUAGCUCUUAAGUAUGCGUUUGUGACACCUCUGACGUCACUCGUAGUGGUCAAGCCGCAUGAGACCAGCGCAGUUGAUGUGGAAUCUGCAGACAAGCUACCCACUGGAGCUCCGACCAGUUUUACACCACUCUCAGCUCCGAAUGCCCCAGCACCGACCACCCCACGGAGAGCGUUGAUGCCAAGCUACUCGUCUGAUGCUUACGAUACAGAUAGAUCAUUCAUAGCAAGUUCUAAAUCUAGCGGGUAUCCUGGAAGAUUAUAUGGCAUGAUGUCAAAUAAUAUUGGAGCUCCGACCAGUUUUACACCACUCUCAGCUCCGAAUGCCCCAGCACCGACCACCCCAGCACCGACCAACCCACGGAGAGCGUUGUUGCCAACCUACUCGUCUGAUGCUUACGAUACAGAUAGAUCAUUCAUAGCAAGUUCUAAAUCUAGCGGGUAUCCUGGAAGAUUAUAUGGCAUGAUGUCAAAUAAUAUUGGUUACGACAAUACUUAUACUCUUAGCAUUGAUGGUGCACCCGGCAACAAUUAUUUGUUCACGAAAAACCAGUUUGAUUACGAUGACAGUUUGAUCUCUUCUUUAAACAGUUAUGUCACCGAAACUAUAGUUCCCCCUACCACCACCACCAGAACUAAGACACAAGCUCCAAUUACUUCAAGAAGCAAUUAUAACCUCGAAGGCUAUAGCUGGACGUCUUCACUCCUCAACGCCAGCGCUGGAGCUCUUGCUGUGCGAGGAACAAACGGCGAACAAGUGUUUCUGAAGCUCACCACAGAUAUUAACCCUCCAGUAGCAGUGAGCGGAGACGUCGCGUGCUCGAACAGCACGUACGCAGUCGACACGAGCGACGAGACGGGCAGCGUGUGCGUCUACGUCACGCGGUGCUACGCCGCACGCAGCAUUACUGCCGACGACUAUCAGAACAGCUACUGCGUUGUCAACAACAGAUACGCUGGUAUUUGCUGCCCAGAAGACAAAGUUAUGUUUUAGCUAUUCAUAUUUAAAUAUAGUUAAUUUUAUUUUUAAAUAAAGUUUAAUAAAUUCAUGUAACUAUUUU